UUGAUAGGCGGGCACCGGAUUCCGUUGAAUUCGCGUAUAGUUUACGGUUUGGAAAGUGCCGUUCCCUGGUGCAUCCUGGUCAGCUUGCCUGGAGCGCAUUUGGAGAGAGUAUACGUGACCAGCGACGAUGGUGACCAGAGCGGUGCUUGUGUUGCUGGUGGCCAUUGGCCGUGGUUCGGCCGGACCGGCCCCUACCGGAGCGGUAUCGUCUUCCUGGAACACGAUGGAGCAAGAUCUAGCCCCGGAUGCGCUGCUCGUACGCCUGGACCGGCUCGUGAACGUUUGUGUGGCCAACUACGAGGAUCUAACGACCGAUCUGCUGCUCGGCAUUGCCAUCGCCAAUGCACAAUUAAAACAUCUGCUGGAGCAACCACUGGCAGGACCACGGCGAGUGUUUGUCGAAUCGUUGGCCAAGAAGUGCGACUUUGUCGAAAGCCGCAUCGAAAGUAUCUUCUCCUUUCCCAGUGGUCCCAAUGCGGUUGUUUCCAAACUGCUGAUAAACGCCGAUUUCUGGAAGAUGAAUGAAGAGCAACCACCACGUGGCGCGCAUCGCUCCAAACUGACCCCACACAAUAGACGACGCAGAAGAGAACCGGUAAAGCCGGAUGAUCCGCUGCUGUUGAUGGAAGACUAUCUGCAGGCAAUCGAUGCCGGUGGUCCGAGUGAGCUGCAGUCCGAUGAGUGCUUAUCGGAACUGCUGGUCAACGAGUCGGAGAACGAGUUCAACGCCAGCGUCGUUGCGUCGUCCAAGCGCCUACUGCUCAGCCCGGAGUGCAGUGGGGCAAUGUCACUGCGAAAGCGAUCCUACGGUUACCAUUUGACGCACAAAUUGCUGUUCUACAUCGUGCUCGGCCGUCAAGGGUUUGCGAACGUCGACCGUACGUUCGUGGUGGACGGGCAACGGCGCCUGUGUGAGGCGAUACUGCGCGAAGCGGAGCUGAUUGCUGCGUUCGGCUUUCCGGAGCUGUUCCGCGAUCUCUUCAUGGAGCAGCUGUUCCUGUGCGCGUUCAGCCAGGCCGACGCACUGCCCGAGUUCACCGAUCCGGCCUGGCUAGCGGCCGUCCUGGGCUGGCAGAAUGGUGCCGGUUGCUUCAAGUAUUCGGCGGAUGACGGUGAAGACGAGACGGCAACCGGCAACCGGAAUCCACUGACCACACACUGUUCCACCCAUAUGACCGGUGUCGGUGCGGCUCUGCUAGCACUGUUUGCCCGGUUGCAGCUAGAGUGACGUCGGCACCAUCAGCACCACCUUCGCCCACCAUCUCUACCGAUCUAGGAAUGUUUCCUGUGCCCUGCGCGCGUGUGCACGGCUGUCGUCUAGUGAACCUGGGGAGCGUCCUUACGAGUUAAU